CACUCUAUAAGUAGUCUUUGAAUCUUUGUUCAUCAUGCAUCUACAGCUAUAUGGUCUAAAAUCUCAUUAAAACCAUUUGAAUCUUGUUUGAGUUUCUGUGUUGCAAUGGAGAAGAUAUCUGCUUCACGUCUUCUUCUUCUUCUUAUGUUAAUGUUUGUUUUGGAGUUGGAGAUUAAUUUGUGUGUCGCCAUAAAUGCAUCUUCUGGUUGUGUUGCUGCAGAGAGGAAAGCUCUCCUCAAGUUCAAAGCAAGUCUUGUCGAUCCUACGAACAGAUUGUCCUCGUGGAGGGACCUGAACUGUUGCACGUGGGAAGGUGUCACUUGCGACCAGAUUACGGGGCAUGUUAUCGAACUUGAUCUCAGGGGCAAUGUUAGUUUCGACGAUGACAUGACUAAGGCUAUUUUCGAUGACAGGUUAGUGGGUAAAAGUCUUGAUCCUUCUUUAAGGGAAUUGAAGUAUCUCAAUUAUUUGGACUUGAGUCGGAAUAAGUUUCAAGGAAGUAGAAUUCCUGAAUUUUUAGGAUCAAUGACUGAGCUGCAGUAUCUUAACCUCUCUGGGUGUUUUCUUGAUGGUGUUGUCCCAGACCAUCUUGGCAAUCUGUCAAAGUUGCGUAGGCUUGAUCUCAACUAUAAUGAUGGCCUUAUAUCCAAUGAUAUCAGAUGGGUUUCCAACUUUUCAUCGUUGGAAUAUCUUGAUUUGAGUUGGGUUAACCUUUCCCAAACUAAUGAUUUAGUUAAGGUACUCAACGUGCUACCUUCUUUAUCAGUGCUGCGUUUCUCACAUAGUUCACUUAGCAACAAUCACUUAUCCCAUUCUUGUUUAAAUUCUUCAUUUCUUUCACAAGUCUAUAGCUUGGAUCUUAGUUGGAACUCAUUUGAAGGAGAAGUCCCUUGCUUUCUCUCGAAUAUGACUUCUCUGAGGAUUCUUGAUCUUUCAAACAAUGUAUACAACACUUCACACUUGCAAUUUUUAAAAUUAAGAAACCUUGUUCAGCUCAACCUUGGUGGGAACCAAUUUGAAUAUGAGUCAGAUUGGAUCUCCCAACUCUUAGGUGAUAUUUGCCGCUUGGAAUCAUUGUCUCUGUCUUAUAAUAACUUUCAUGGGGAGAUCUCAGCAGUUUUCAACAAUAUUUCUGGAUGUUGGAGUCAAAAUUUGAAGAGCCUAGAAUUGUCAGAAAACAACUUCAAAGGUGGUUUACCGAAUGAUUUGGACAAAGUCAAACGAUUAACAUCUCUUGAUCUUUCUUUUUCCAAUAUAAGUGGUCAAAUUCCUGAAUCGCUUGGAAACUUGUCGGGUUUGGAAAAGUUGAUUAUUCCUGGUAACAAGUUAGUGGGUCCCAUUCCAUCAUCCUUUCGAAAGUUGAAAGCAUUGAGAUGGUUGCUUCUCUUUUCUAAUCAAUUAAGUGGUCAAAUUCCUGAAUCUCUUGGAAACUUGUCGGGUUUGGAAGAGUUGGAUAUCUCUUAUAACAAGUUAGUGGGUCUCAUUCCAUCAUCCUUUAGAAAGUUGAAAGCAUUGAGAUUGUUGAGUCUCUCUUUUAAUCAAUUAAGUGGUGAAAUUCCAAUAUUUUUGGGGCAACUAUCAAAUUUGGAGAAGUUGGGCAUUUUAGACAACUUGUUCAAUGGAACAAUUUCUGAGGUUCACUUUGACAAGCUCUCGAAAUUAAAACUGCUUUCUGUAUCCUCCAACUUGAUCACUUUUAAGUUUGGACAUGGCUGGGUGCCCUCUUUUCAAUUAAAUUAUCUUCUCAUGGGAUCUUCCAAUAUUGGAGGUCAGUUUCCAUCAUGGCUUCAAUCCCAGAAGACACUAGUUUACCUUAAUUUAUCCAAUUGCGGCAUUUCAGGAACUCUACCGAGCGACAUUGGUUACAUGUUACCUCUUCUAGAAAAUUUAUUAAUGAGCCGAAACUCUAUUAAUGGCUCACUGCCUGAUUCAUUGUGCAAUAUGAGAUCUUUGCAGGCACCAUUCCUAAAUCCAUUGGAGGUGCUGGCGGAUUGCAAUGGCUUUUGUUGAACAACAACAUGCUUUCAGGACCAAUUCCCUCCACUUUACAAAACUGUACUUAUUUAGAAGCUUUAGACGUUGGAGAAAAUAUGUUGUCCGGUAAAAUACCUGCAUGGAUCGGAAAUAAGCAACUUUCAUUGUU